AAUGAGGGAGGCGAGUGACCCCACGCCACGGCUGCCCCUCUCCCACCAUACCAGUACCACCCUCGCUCGCAGGCAGCAAUGAUAGCUAGCAGGCAGGCAGAGCAGGGAAGGAAUGACACGGCCACAUGAAGCAACCAGUUCUAGCUAAAAACUAUCGAAGACCAAAUCUUGUGCCUCGGGGUUGGACUGGCCGGUAUUGUUGUUGCUCCUUCCUGAUGGGGAACUGCGCCGGCGUGCAGGGGAACGCCGAGAUCAACCCCUCCUUCAGUGCCCCCAACUCCACAGGUAACAACUCCAAGAGCAGCAGCAGCAAUGCGACCGAUUCCAGCAGCAGCACCUUCGGUUCCAAGGGUUCCUUCUCGGUGCCGCCGACUCCUCGCACCGAGAAGGAGAUCUUGCAGUCGACCAAUCUCCGCAAGUUCACCUACAGCGAGCUCAAAGGUUCCACCAGGAACUUCCGGCUGGACAGCCUGCUGGGGGAGGGGGGAUUCGGCUCCGUGUUCAAGGGGUGGAUGGACGAGCGAACCUUCACACCCGUCAAGCCCGGCACCGGGAUGAUCGUCGCCGUCAAGAAGCUCAAGCUGGACAGCUUCCAGGGGCACAAGGAAUGGCUGGCUGAGGUCAAUUACCUGGGGCAGCUAUCACACCCCAACCUCGUGAAGCUCAUCGGGUACUGCUUGGAGGACGAACAGCGGCUUCUAGUCUACGAGUUCAUGCCCAGGGGCAGCUUGGAGCACCACCUUUUCAGGAGGUCUCAACAUUUCCAGCCCCUCUCAUGGAAUUUACGGAUGAAGGUUGCUCUUGAGGCCGCCAGGGGACUUGCUUUCCUGCACAGCGAUGAAGCUAAAGUUAUAUACCGUGAUUUCAAGACCUCCAAUGUCCUUCUUGACUCGGAAUAUAAUGCAAAACUCUCAGAUUUUGGCUUGGCGAAAGAUGGCCCGAGUGGUGACAAAAGUCAUGUUUCUACUAGGGUCAUGGGCACUCAAGGAUAUGCUGCCCCAGAAUAUCUCGCGACAGGCCAUUUGACCGCGAAGAGCGACGUAUACACCUAUGGUGUUGUUCUUCUGGAGUUGCUGACCGGUCAGCGUGCACUGGAUAAGAACCGCCCGCCUGGACAGCACAAUCUGGUGGAGUGGGCAAGACCUUACAUCAACAGCAAGAGGAGGGUCAUCCAUGUCCUGGACCAGCGUCUGGGAUCACAAUACUCGCUUCCCGCAGCACAGAAGGCCGCGGCGCUUGCGAUGCAAUGCUUGUCGAUGGACGCGCGGUGCAGGCCGGACAUGGACCAGGUCGUGACCGUGCUGGGAAAGCUCCAGGAGGUGAAGAGAACACGCAAGUAAGGAGGAUUGUUGUUACAAUUGGUCAUUUACCUCUCUGGAGCAUCACUCGCUCCGUGUAAGAACACCUCGGAUUGUAGAAACAGUGAACAGAUGCCGGACUUGAGGGGAAGACUAGCUUUCGAAUCUGCCAAGCAGAGAAUGUAAAAAUAUAUAUUGUCUCAUGUACAGCUAGCUGUUAGCCUGUUACUUUGCUGUCAGCCUGCCACUUGUUUUAUGUACCUGCAGUACAUCCACCUUUUAUAACACGUUGAGAAACAGUUUUGUGUCUCCGAUA